AGAAAAUACGUCCCACACAAGCAUAAGGUGACUCCGACUUGCUUAAGGGCCAUAUUCCCUGAUUUUUGAGAUACUGCUGCACAUGAAAACCUUAAUAUUUCAUUCUUUUUUUUUUUUUGCUUGUUAUCUCGUCCUGUUUUGCUCAGACAGAAUGCGUGGACUUUCUAGCACUUGCUCUCUUGCCUGCAGACAAGCACAGACAGAGGCAGCGGAGAGGAGAGAGUAAGGAGGAGGGAGAGGUUAGCAAAUGAGGUGUGGGUAAAAAUUAUGGGGAGCUAGAAGGGAGAGCCGUAGCCCAGCCCUGGGUGUGGAGAAAAAAGAGGGUGGUGGGUGGGGGGAGAGAUGGAGAAAAAAAGGAGAGGUUAUGCGGUGUAAAAUUCAGAAGAUUCAGAUUCAGUAGUAGUGCGGCGUGCGGAUCAGUGAGCUCCUUCACCACUGGGGAACAGCCGCCUUUUGUGUUCCCCCCUCUUCUGCAGUGGGGGAGCGCGUUUACCGCCGUGCCCAAGGGGGAGAAGCCAAGGAGUAUCCUCCAAUCAGCCGUCAGUGAUUUCUCUCAUCGUGCGAGGCUGCUCGUGGUGAUUUAUCACUGACCCGAGACAGGAGCUGCGCUCUGCUCAAGACUCCAACCACCUGGACUAGUCACCGUGUUCUUUUUUUUAUGUUAUUUCCUACAAAAUAAGCACCCUCCUGUGGAUAUUUCAAAGAGAAUGACCUGAAGACAAGCGGAUGAUUGAAAUGGACUUACUGACUGAUCCUUUUCCCCUCGCUGCAGACUGAAGAUCGACCAACUUUUUUUCCACAUGCAGCUCUGCCUCCCGAGGGCGUCUUUUUACAUGCAAGGAGUUGUUUUUUCGUGCCAUGCCAUGUUUUAUUCUGAAAGCAUGGGGUCAGCACUGUAGUCACUUCACUGCAACAAUCAUGUAGGAUAGCAGGUGGAUAGAAGUAGAUGAUGAUGAUGAUGAUCAGGAGAUGGAGCGCGGGGACGACAGUUGGUGCACACCUGCCUGCUGAGCAUGUCUGGCACCUCACUGUAUAGCUUGAUAGGCUGCCAGCUCUCAAGAGUUUGACUGUCGGCUUGUUUUUUUUUUAUCAUGCUUCUCGCCGAGUGGAGAUAGCUUUCCCGUGUGCCCGUGUGUGUGCGAUAUGUGGCUGAAUGUGUGUGGUUUCGGAGCCAGACUUUGGGAUUACACAGCCUGUGGAAAGGAUACAGGCGCAGUGGAGUCUUGAAUGAGGAUUAGCAGCUCUAACACCUUGUCGCUGGCGGCACCCACAGAGAGACGGACCAUUGAGGCAGAUCUUCCGAGCCGCGGCUGCUCGGCGGAGGAUUGAAGAUAAAGGUUUAGCUGACACGAUGAGACUCAGAGGGCAAACGAGGGGACGGGAGCACAGCAGAGAAAGUUGCGGUUAGAUUCUGUUCCCUUCUCAUUCAGGUUGUCCCUGAAGGAUGCAGGGUGAGUCUAAUCUCAGAGGUCCAUGUAAACAGGCCGAGGCCAUUUGUAAGAGCUUGACAAGGACAGUUAAUAUACCGAAUCAGGAGGAAAUGUAUUUCAGUAAAUAUUAAAUUUGAAAAUAGAACCUGUUUUUGUUGAGUUAGGGUCAGAAAACAGCUGAUGACACAUCGAUGAUAUUUGUGAUAAUUAAGGUUGAGAUUUGUAAUACGGCAGGAAGCACAAAAUCCAAUUGAUCCACGAAUUGGUUUUAUAUUGAUUCCCCUACAUGGCCAGGAUAGAGUCGUGUCUGAUCUCUGCUUAAGAGGUCACUAAUUUAAUUAUAAUCCAUCAUUCAGUCUCACCCUAGAGCUGCUAGUCAGAGUGCUGAGUGGGCUGUAGCCGAGAAUCAAUAUUUGUCAUGAUAUCUGACAGCACAUCAGAUAACUGCUGCAGUUCCCUGGGACAGUCUGCAAAGUUACAUGCUUGGCGUGUGUGCCUUUUUUUGUUCGGAGGGCUUGUAUGAAAAUUGACUUCUCCACCGGCGGCAGUUCUGCUGACAGUUACAGGAAAUUUUGGCAGUUCGUGCUUGUAGCUGAAAGACGUGUGUGUGUUGUUUCCCGUCUUGAUGCGUCUGCAGGUGUGCAUGUUUUGUGGGCUCGUGUCCCCGGCGCGCCGCUUAUCUUAGCCGUCCAGGAAGGGCUUACAGAUCCCAGCUAAUGUAAUGGCCACCACCUUACACCGCGCCUACCUGCCCUCUAUCCCCUCCAUUUGACGGGGUUCAACAAAGUUAAAUUAGGAAAUGGCUUCGACAAUGCGUUGACGCUUAAGUGGAGGGCCGAGGCAGGUGAAGAGGGUCCUGGCAGACACAGCUUUUAAGGAAGUUAUCUCAGCAGCCACAGUCAGCAGUCCUACGGCAAACCUGGAAAGCAGGGAGUGAUGUGGGUGGGAAGCUCAGUGUGGCAGCGAGGAAAGCUGAAGGAAAAACAGGGCUGAGGCGAGCUCUUUGAUCGUUGUUUGUAUCUAACUUGUUCAAACAGCACUCCUGAAAGUGUGCCGUUUGGAGAUUUAGCGCCGCUAGUGAGAAGUCGCAGGAACAGUGUGGGGGAGUUCAUCUAGAGUUUUUAACAUUAAAGAACCAAUGUGCUGGGGCAGGAUACAGCAAGUGUGCUGUGUGAUCAUCUUUGACAACCUCCUGGAUGAGCACCGGAUCAUCUGAAACAACUAGCAGGACUCAUACAGAGCGUCUUUUUGUUUCUUCUCCAGAUCCAAUCAUCAAUCCUUCCUCUUCUAACUAUGAGACAGUAACAAGAGCACACGCAAGUUGAUUUUCACCUGCGAUGGAAGCAGAAACAAAUAUGUGGGCGUGCUGCUCUGAAAAUAUCCCCACCUUUGAAUUGAUUCUGGAUUACAAUAGCUGAACUGAACUGAACACGACACAAGACAAGAGAACAGUGACGCAGCCAAUUAAAGCGAGGUCUUUCCCGGUAGGGAUGCACUGUGCGUUACUGUGAGGAGGACCAGUGUAAUGUACCAGGGUGGGGCUCUCCCACUGCCUCAGACAAAGACCGCACAAAGAAUCCUGGUGUAAGCACUGGUCAUCCAGGGCAGCUGUUGAACCCGCACAGUCCAGCGCAGUGUCAAAAGUCACAAUGGGGUGCAACAUGUGUGUGGUUCAAAAGCCCGAGGAACAAUACAGGGUAAUGUUCCAGAAGGGUCACAUAAGCAACAUGCUGUGCUCUUUUGAGGCCGACGGUCGAUUGAAGGUAAACGGGAAGGAGCUGUCGCGCCUUUCUGGGGAUCCCACCCUGGACAUACGGGACCCUGUGCUGUCCAACAUACUUAGGAGGGGGGCGCGCAGACGGGCGGGCCUAGCGGGAGCUCCUGGAGGGCAAGUGCCGGUGACCAUGGGCAUGGCCGACUGUGUGGACAGCUGCACCCAAACAGACAUCAGCUUCCAGCAUAUGUUGACUCUGGGCAAGAGCAACCAGCACCCCUGUGGAGCUCCACCUCCACCCGACCCUCCUCCUUCGCCUCCUCUACCGCCACUCCUAGAGCCAUAUCUAUUCAAUGAACUCUUUAUAGAGCCUGUGUACUAUGACCCCACUGACUACUUCGAUAUCACUCAGCAUGAAGUGGACAGGCAGGAUGAGCUGGAGUACGAGGAAGUGGAGCUGUAUAAGUCUCGUCAGCAGGACAAACUCGGCCUGACGGUGUGUUACAGGACGGAUGAUGAGGAGGACCUUGGGAUCUAUGUAGGAGAGGUGAACCCGAACAGCAUCGCUGCAAUGGAUGGCCGCAUCCGCAAGGGAGACAGAAUACUACAGAUAAAUGGAGUGGACAUCCAGAACAGAGAGGAGGCGGUGGCAAUUCUCACCAGAGAGGACAGCACUAAUGUCUCCCUGCUUCUCGCACGACCUGAGAUAGAGAAUGACAACCAGCUGGAUCCGGAUGAGCUGGACUUGGAGCCGCUGGACAAUGCAGUCCAUCUGGCCAGCAGCCACAGAUUAAGGAACAGCCCGUCUAUACUCGGUGCUGGAGCAGGCAGUGUCUCAGGUGGAGGUGUGCUGCGUAGCCAUGGUCACUCACUGAACAGGGAUUCGCCCGAUCUGCUCCAGACAGUGCUGAGCAAUAGCCAGGAGUUGGACAGUGGGGUUGGCCGCACGGAUGAAAGCACACGCUAUGAGGAGUCUUCAGAACACGACCUUCUGGGAGACGACCACACCAGUGCCUCCAAUACAAAUGCCACAAAUACCCCGGGCAGCAUGCGUAAGUUUUUGUCCGGCGGCAGAGGGGACACUCCACCCUUGCUGCACUCACAGGACCUCCAGUUUAGCACUGACUCCCUCCUAGGACUGGACGGUGUUAAUGGAGGAGGGGUGGAACAGGUGGAGCGCCUGGAGAGGGCCUACAUGGCAGAUCCUGUGAGGAUGAUGAUGCCUGGGCUGACUGAGGAGGAGUGUGAGAGGUACAAAGAGUUACUGGAAAUCAAAUAUUACUACGAGAAGAACGGUAACGCUCUGAUGCUACUGGGAGAUCAGGGCUCAGCACAAGAAGGAGGAGGCGUGUCCCUGGACGUGAACAGGAAUGAGAGUCUGACGCAGCACGAGAUGGCCCUCCUGGAAGAGGAACUGCGCCACUUGGAGUUCAAGUGUCGGAACAUCCUGAGGGCCCAGAAGAUGCAGCAGCUGAGGGAGCGUUGCAUGAAGGCUUGGCCUCUUGAGGACAAGAACGGGGCGAGUGCAGGGGCUGGGAUAGGAGCUGGACGCAUGGACAUUAAUGGCACUUUGGUCAGUGAGGAGUCCUGUCACCACGCUCUGUCGGAUAUCAACGAGCUUCCAGAGAGGGAGCGCUCAGAUAAGGACAGCACCAGUGCCUACAACACUGGAGGGGAAAGUUGCAGGAGCACCCCUCUGGUCAACGAACAGUACCCAUCACACUCCACGCAGAGUCUGGAGCGAGGAGAGUCUCUUUUCCCAGAAGUGGGUUCGCAGUUUUCAACCUCCACAAGGCAGAGAGAGAGAGGAGCCAAGGCCGAAAGAGGGGACGGGACACAGGCAAACCUGAACCAACCCUACUCUCCCCACACUCCCAGGAGAGGAGCUGAGGCUAAGACAUCCAGCCCUGGAGCUAAGGCUAGGUCUCUGACCCGAGACGGAGGAAACAGGAGGGGUUCAGACGGAGGAGUGAGGCGUAACCCCAAAUCCAACGGGACACCUGAGAAGACAGGCGGACGCAGUGCAGAAAACAGCCCUUAUCUGUCCCGCCGUCAGACUGAAACAAAGCCGCCUCAGAGGUACCUGAGCUGCAUGCAGCUGAGGUCCCCCUCCACCUCCGAUCGGCUGGGUGGGCUCAGAAAUGCUGUCAGGGAGGGCACCAUGGAGACCGAGGGCGAUGCCAGCCCCAUGAGCCUGGGCAGCACAUGUAGAGAUGUUACCCAGGACACAUGUGCCGUUUCCUUACCCCUGUCCCCUCCUCUGCUGCCUGCCUCCCCUCGCAUGGAGUGGAAGGUGAAGAUCCGCAGUGAUGGCUCACGCUACGUGGCCAAGAGGCCUGUGAGGGAUCGCCUCCUGAAGGCCCGCGCCAUGAAGAUCAGAGAGGAGCGCAGCGGCAUGACAACAGACGACGACGCGGUGAGCGAAAUGAAGAUGGGCCGCUACUGGAGCAAGGAGGAGCGCAAGCAGCAGCUGCUGAAGGCCCGAGAGCAGAGGCGGCGCAGGGAGUUCAUGAUGCAGAGCCGUCUCGACUUCCUGAGAGAGCGAGAGCAGGGCGGCGGCGGGGGAAGCCAGCAGGGAGCGACGCAGCAGCAGGAACCCACCUCCAUCCUGGAGCUGUGCCACCGCAGGAGCAUGAAGAAACGCAGCCGCAGAAUCCUGGACAACUGGAUCACCAUACAGGAGCUACUGGCUCACGGGACCAGGUCUGCUGAUGGGAAGAAAGUGUACAACCCCCUGCUGUCUGUAACCACAGUGUGAGAUCAGCCGGGAGAGACGGAGGCAGAGGGUUAGGAAGAUACUGCCAAAGUGUUUUGAGAGGGCCUGUAGGGAUGAACAGUUUACCUUGGCACAAACACUGUAAGUCUGCGGCGGCACAAGUGAUGGCAAUACGAAUUAGCAUAGCCAGCUUAAAAUAUCCAAAUUCAUGACAAGUCCAGCUGCAAGACAACACACAUUUAUAAUGCCGUCAAACCAUUUCAGAAGUGCAUCAAAAAUGUGCAGCAGUGCAUUUUAAAUACGCUGCAACCCAAGAGAGACUUAAAGACCUAGAAAACAGAGCACGGAUUAGCAUUUUUUUUUAACAUUAAUAGGUGGUUGGAGGGCCGUGACAAGAGAGAUGAUCACUUUCAACAUGUCUUCUAACACAAUGUGGAGAUGCCGGGAGAGGUCACACUGUUUAGCCACGAGAAAUGUCUCACAGCUGAAACUGAACGUUAGCAUGGCCUCCAUGAAAUAUUCAUGAUUGACAGAAAAAUCUGAAGCCAGGCCCAGAACCAUCCAACUGUGAAAACAUGAACAGAAGUCACUUCUGUGCCAUUAAACUGUAUAUUCAGCGUCCACAGAGGACCUUUGAUGAAGCACAUUGAGUCUGCUAAUGUAGUUACAUUUCUGUCAUUCUUACAGCCUUCAUGUACAAAUGCUCCUUUGUUUUCGACGCUGAAAAAUGCAACAUCGCUGUUUUUUUGAGCAGUGCCUUCGUUUCAGGCAGAUUUGACUGCACGGCGCAAUUUGUUUUCAAUAAGAUCCAAAAAUUACUGAAAUGUUGCUGCCAAGAGAAUAAAUGCCAAAAGCACAGAGCAAACCGAGUUACGGUUUAGUUUCCAGAGAAAGGCACAUUGAAUCGUCAGAGCACAGGAAACAUUUGAUAUCAUUUCAUUAGUAAAGGCACGUUUGCCAUCUAAAGGGAAGAAACUAGUCAAAAUUAGUUUGUGCUCAAUUUCAAAAUGUGCUACGUUUUCCUCAGAUAUUUUGGUUAGUAUGCAAUAUAAUUUAUUUUAAUGUUGACUGUGAGCAAGGCUUUUUAAUUGCAAAUAAAAUUAUUCUAGGUUUAUUAUAUUAAAAAAAAAAACUUUUUAAUUGGGUUCACGCCAACCGUUUUCACGUUUUCCUUAGAGAGACAAUUACAGGCGAGACUGGAGAAAUAAAAGCUGAUUUUUAAUUUGGCUCACAUGCAUGUUUGAUAUUGAGACUGGUGUUUUUCAUGUACUUUUAAGAUUGAAGGCCUUUAACAUUCUGUAAUUGUGUAAACGUGUCUUUCUAUGAAUUUGCUCAAAAUCCUAGCAUAGGAGAAAAAGAAAAACCAUGGUGUGUUUGUUUGAUCAAUAUUGUGAUGUCCAGUGUCUUGCCAUUUUACAGUGAAAGCUUUUCUAAAUAAACUCUGUCAUUAUGAAAAUGA